GGAAUAAAAUAAGUGAGAAGAUGAGUAAAAUAAGUGAGUGUGCGCAUGUGAAGGGUCAGCUGUUUGAGGCAUGGCGGCGAUGUACACAAACGCUGAGUAAUACCUGACAGAGAGCCACAGAAGCCGGUGAGGGCGUUACAAAGCUGAUAAAAUGGCUCGUCGCUAUGACUCGAAAACAACUAUCUUCUCCCCUGAGGGGCGGCUGUACCAGGUGGAGUAUGCCAUGGAGGCCAUCGGUCACGCCGGCACCUGCCUGGGCAUCCUGGCCAAUGACGGCAUAGUGCUGGCGGCCGAGCGGCGCAACACAAACAAACUCCUUGAUGACGUGUUUCUCUCUGAUAAGAUCUACAAAAUUGAUGAGGACAUGGCGUGCUGUGUGGCUGGCAUCACCUCCGAUGCCAAUGUCUUGACCAACGAGUUGCGUGCCAUCGCCCAGCGACACACCCUGCAGUUUGGCGAGCCCAUACCCUGUGAACAGCUGGUUAUGAGGCUGUGUGACAUCAAGCAGGCAUACACACAGACAGGAGGCAAGCGUCCAUUUGGUGUUUCCAUCCUGUACAUGGGCUGGGACAACAGGCAUGGCUACCAGCUGUACCAGAGUGAUCCCUCAGGCAACUACUCAGGCUGGAAGGCCACCUGCAUUGGCAACAGUAGUGCGGCAGCUGUGUCCAUCCUGAAGCAGGAGUACAAGGUUGGGGAGACAGACCUACAUGAAGCCCUGCUGUUGGCCCUCAAGGUGAUGAGUAAGACCCUGGACAUGACCAAACUCAACGCAGAGAAGCUGGAGCUGGCAACCCUAGUAAGGAAGGAAAACCGGACAGAGAUCAUUGUCAAACCUGUGGCCGAGGUGCAGGGAUUGAUCAAGGAACAUGAGAAGCGUGAGGCAGACGCUGAGGCUGCCAAGCAAGACAAGCAGUCUGGCCCUAGUACGAGCAAGCCAAAGGUCUAACCUAGUAGUGCAUUUAGGAUGUGUCUUCUGAGGUAAAGAGUAAGUGUCUGUUCUCAGCUUUUGAUUCUAUAUAUCAGUAAGUGCUGUACUUACAUCAUUGUUUUUUGUGAGGGAAAAUGUCUCUGCUUAGCCCACAUAAUCCCUAGUUAUAUCACUUUUUAAUAAAACAGUGAUAAAACUCA